GCGCUAGAUCCUGCCUCAGUCUCAUCUAUUGAUCCUCCGAACAUCCACAACCGCGAUACUAUGCAACCCGAGGCUACAACAUCCACGGGAUUGUCAGACUCUGACUCUUUCGCGAGGAGGAAUACAUCCUGUGCAGAAUGUCGACGUUCCAAACUAAAAUGUGAUAGGCUGGUACCGUGUUCGUCGUGCAAGAAGCGCGGAUGCGCGAAUCUUUGUCCGCAUGGCACUUUGGUCGCGGUCAAAGGAAAUCAAGCAUUAGCUGCACAGUCUAAGAAGCUGGCGGAGCAAGUGAAGCAAAUGUCGCUCAGGAUCAGGAACCUGGAGAUUGAGCUCGAAGCCGCCCGGGCCCUCCAGGUUUCUCGAGUCUAUGAGCGUGUAUCACGCAGUUCGACACCGCUUGAGAACGUUUCGCAGGUGGUGGCGCCGGGCAUGCGAAGUACAAGCGCAGCAGGUACUCUGAUUUUCGGAAACGAUGGGCAAGUGCGCUACCAUGGAGAGACGGCGGGAUCGGAGCACUUGGCAUCCUGCCUUGUGGAGCAGCAUGGUUCCGAUCCUCAGAAACCUCGAGGUCAUCGAGACCUCGGGCUGGCAUCAAGCAUCAUUGAACUAUCAAGAACAUUCCCUUUCGGCGACCGUCGAAGCACGGAAGUUUGUGACAAGGAGGAUUUUGCUCAAUACAUCCCGCCGCAAGAGCAAGCCAUACAUCUAUUCAGCCAGUACGCUGAUGAAUGCGGAUGGAUGUUCCGACCCAUGGUUUGUAGCGAUGCCGAGGCGCUCAUACACGACGUUUAUAACGAAAUCCCCGGCGGGCCUCUAGGCAAUGUUGACCUCCACAGGCUGUCGCUUUUCUUCACCCUGCUCGCCCUCGGGGCCCGCGCACAGGCGAAUACCUCUUCUCCAGACGCCGAGCGGUACUACACUCUAGCGUGCGCGACCUUUGCCCUAGAUCGGCAGCUUCUACGGCCAUCGCUCCAAAGUGCUCGAACGUUAUUUUUCAUGGUCCUAUACGAAUGGUUCUUCGAAAGUGCGGACGUCGAGCGACCGUGGAUGCUCUUGGGGCUCUGCGUUAGUGCAUGUCAAAAUCUGCGCCUUGAGCGCGAACCUGCUUGGUCGUCAAACAUGAACGAAGCAGAAGCGGAACCACGCAGAAGGAUGCUGUGGGAGCUCCUUACGCUCGCGACCGUAACCUCCAUUCACGUCGGUCGGCCCUCCGCUCUGACCAUCCACAACAUCGACGCACAUUUCCCGGAGGACCCAAAGACAGUCGAGGAUGCGGAUGGUCAUGCUGACUUUGGUUUCCACGCAUGGAAGUUUCGUUAUGCUGCCUCUUGUCUUUCUCGGGUUACAGAUCACGUUUUAGGACCUCCGUCUGCCUACGCGGAACUUCUGGACGUGGAUAAGGAAAUCAGACGUUAUCCAGUUCCCGAACAGCUCCAAGUUCCCACCCAGGACCGUGACCCCUCUUGCUCGUGGUCGAUCACUCCGCAAUGCGCCCUGCAGCAGUACUGGGUCAUGUUCUAUAAGGAAAGCACGUUGCUAUACAUUCAUCGGUCGUACGCCGGGCGAGCUCUGAAACAUUGCCCUCACAACCCACUGUUACACGAAUACGCACCUUCGGUGCUGGUGCUUUACCGCUCCGCAUCGCGGCUCAUUACUACGGUUUGCGAUCUCCACUCUAUACAUCCUGGGGCAAUUCGUUCUGUUUCCUUAUUCUGGUCUGGGAUAUUCUCUGCUUGUAUCUCUCUCGGAUCACUCGUCGUCGGGAGCCCGUCGUGCGCCUUGGCGGAGAGCGCUCUAGCUACCUUGGAGAAAGGUUAUCUACUAUACCAAGAGAGUGGACAGGGCUCAACUCACCCAUCUACUCUAGCUGCCCUCCAUAAACUAUUACCUAGAGCUCGUCGAGCCUUUGACUCGAUCAGAGGGGUCGCCGUCGCUCACGACAUCGCUGUGACUCCCGAGACUUCUCUGUACCUCCAAGACAACCUCGGGCUCCCUGCAGACGAGCUCCAAGUCAUGGGAGGCUUCGGCGGCGUCCUGAGAUUGCGAGUAGAUGAACUGCAAAGCGUCCUGGAGCCGCCCUUCGCGGAUGUGUCACUUCAGGAUGCUGAUAUCGCCAUCCCAGACGGAUCCCAACAACUCGGCCCGGGAUGGCAGGGCGACCUGCAAAUGUCACAUCAUCAAUACAUGCCGCCCGUGAACACAUGGUUCGACGACAUCUUCAGCAUACCCGCCCAGCCUCCCAUCAUCAACCACUCUUGGUAAUGCUUAAUAGGCAUCCCUAAGAUGACGCUGAGCUAUAUAUUCUCGAUGCUUGUGCUCCCUGCUUCCAGGUCUCGCAACUAGAAAUUUGCAUACAU